CAUAAGAGUAGUGAAAAGAAUUCUAUAUCAAGAAGCGUGAUAGAAGAGAAAGAUUUGACAAUGAUAAUUUAAGAAAGAUGGAAAGCAUCUCAGCUAUAGUCUUUAUGACCUUAAUGAUGGUAUUCUCAAUCACUUGCUGCUGUGUUAUCAUGUAUUCUGCUUGCAUCUUAUGAGAACUUUACAAGUAUUGCCACAGUGCGAGAAAGCAUAAAAUCAUUCAGGACUUGCCAUCAGUUAAUCAAAUAAACAUGCAACAAAUACCUCACUACCAAUCUCAUUCUCAGACCCAUAACUCUGCUGGAGGGAUUGUAAGAGGCCUUAUUGUUGCUACUCCUCUCUCUAUCAACAACCCAUAAAUCAACCUCAUAGUUCGUAUAGCUUCAGAAUCAAUUGUUCAUAAUUUUUAUCCAUUUGUCUGUUUCACUGUUACCAAACCUCACAAAAACCUACCCAUCUAAAUUCAAACUUCUACUUUUCAAUCUAGGAAUUAAAAUUGCCAAAAUUUACAAAAAUAUUUUCCUCUUAAAAUCCCCAAUUCCUCAUCUCAACUGAAACAAGAGUAAGAAACACAAGGCAGCACACCCUAAAACAAGUAUUUCACUUACAAAUUUCUGAAUAAAUUCGAGAUCUUUAACCUUGAAAACUAAGCUGUUAGAAAUUUUAUUUUGGGAAUGACAUUUUUAAGGUUUAGAGGGAGAUUUUGAAGAUUUGGGGGGAAUUCAAGAAAUGGUAAACAGUCAUAGAACUUUCCUUCCUUGAUAGGGCAGUGGGUGGGAUGUAACAAAAAUUCCACAACCAGUCGGUAUUGUUUGAGGAGAAGAAGAGCUGGUGUCUAGAAGAAAAAGAAAACUGUGCAGAUGUGCUCUAUUUAUUAGAGUUUUUGAAUGUAUUGAUCUUGCCAUUGCAUUGAUCAGAUCUGUCUUUUCUGGACUUAAGUUCUUCUAUGAUAUACUGAAGUUAAAUUAAGAAUAGAAGAAUAUUAAAUUGAGAAUAGUUAAAUUUUUUCUAAAAGAGGAUGUCUAGCCUUAUUCUAUUUCUUUUACUAUAGUUCUUUAUAUAUCUCGAUUUUUAUCUUAUCUAUUUAUUAUAAAAUCAUAUAGCCUACAAGAGCUUCAACCUGGAAGCUCUGGUAGUGUAUUUUUUGUUCUUCCUUUUUAUUUUCUAUGGCUAAUCCUGUCUCACAUGUAACUCUACAUUGGCUUGAAGGAUAAAAUAGCCGUAAUGUAAGCAAUUCAUAUUUAAUAGCCUAUCUUCUUAUAGAAAAAAGAAUGCAAAUAAACCUCUUCUGGAAUUGAGGAAAAAUACAGAGAAGAAGUCACAAAUAUAGCUACAAUGGAAGCAAUAAUUACCUUUGCUAUCCCAUGUAUAAGCUCUUGUAUUACUUCAACUCCCAUUCUUUCAGGGGUUUAUAAAUACCACAUUAUUGUCAAAGAAAAAGAUCAAAUCCUACCCCAAAAUGCAAGACCACUACAAAAAAUUAUCAGAGGAGAAGUUAUCACCCUUCCCACCAAAGAACAACCCAAAACCUAAUUCCUUACCCCAAAUUUUCAAAAUCAUUCCAAAAUUAACAUUCUACCCUAUUUCCCCAAAUAAUCACUUAUCAAAUCCACUAUUUUAACCUCCGAAUUUUCCUACUGCCAACCCCCCAAAUUCCCUACUCGUUCGCCAAAAAUCCCUUUUAAGCCCUAAACCUGGUCUCUAAAGCUCCAGUAAUACCUCCUCCCAAGACCCAUUUUUAGCUAAUUUGAUGUAUUUUCUAGGAAUUUUUAAUUCAGAAAAAUGCCUGCCACUUCUUGCUUAGUGUUCUUUCCAAUUUGGUUAGAUAGCAUCGAAAGCUCGACCGGUUGGUUGACUUGGAACUGAAGGUAUUGAAGGCACUGGUUUUUCUUGAGUUUCAGCACUGGUAGUCUUGGUGCAAGCAUGCUUGAUUAUGAAAAAUAUUGGAACGAUGAUCAUAACAGCCACUAUCUCAGAGACAAUGACAAUACCCAAAAUUACUGUGCUACAUUUGUCUAGUUCAUCAUAGCCAAAACAUCCAUCACUGCUUUCAGUUCCAGUAGCAUUUCCAUUUGAUUGACUUCCUCUUGAGCUCCCUCCGAGGCUUUCUCCUGAACUUCCUCCUGAUACGGUAGUGACAUUUAAAGUGAUAGCUGUGUCGAAAGUUUUGGUACUUUCAUCAAUAGUAGCCCUGAUAGUAAAGGAGUGAGUUCCAUCGGUGCUGGGACUAUUGUAUGUCAGAGCGCAAGUUAAACUGUCGAUUGAUAUCCAAGUUGGGACGGAUCCUGAACCAUCUACAGGAUAAUAUUUCAUAUCUGGUUCAAUAAUGCCUGCUUCAUCU